AUGUCCUGCUCAGCGGAGACUCCCAACGACACCGCAGACCUCACCUCGAAAACUCAGACCCAGAACACGUCCCCGUCACCGUCCCCGAUAGAGCCUCCCAAUCCCCCUGCCACAUUUCAGACAUUCCCAUCUAGUUUCGAACUGGCUGGGGGCUGCCAUAGCAAGAUGGACUAUCUGGAACAUCUUCCCUCCAACAGCUCAAUCGGCCAAUUUUCUUUUGCUCCCGCCACCCAAACGACCGUCGUCACGACCACUACCACAACAACUACCAACUUCCCUCCACUAGUCAUGAAAGCACCUGGUUCUUCAAAACCUCUCGACCCCAAUGUUUAUCCUCUAGCGUCUACCCCGACUCCAGAUUCCAUAAGAGAUAUCCAUUUUAAACUUGGGGAUACGUCCAUCAUAUUCAACGAGACAGAGGACUCGUUGGCUACUUUCGACAAGUUGAAAGAGCAGCGUGAUAACUUGAAAGCUUCUAAUGGUCUUAUUCAAUCCGUCUCCACAUGCGACUCCCGCAAAACCACGCUACCUAGACGCUCACGUUUAGGACAAGAUCCCCCCCAUCAAACAUCCCCCAUCACAUCAAGGUUAAGACGACGUCCAGUAUCACCCAUUUCUCUUCCGGAAUCCUCCCAUGUAAUGAAGCGAACGCGUUCUUCUUCCGCCUCCCUUGGAACAAACUCCAUCACUCGCCGUCGUAAUGCUCAGUCACACCUGGACGCUGCUCGGCUUCACAAAGACGUUGGUUUGGCUACGCCAGAAACGGAGCACGGCAGCUUCAAUAUUGGUAACGAUCAGAACAACCGUCGACAAAUAUGCAGCAUAGGGUCCUUUGGUAAAUCUGCCUUCGAACACUCCCCGACAUCUUUGUCCCAAGAGAACCAAAAUCUCCUCAGUCCUGUUCCCCAAUCGUACAAAGAAAACGUCAGGUUUGUUGGUUCUCAGAUCCAGAAAUCACCGCUGUUUGAAUGUCGGACGGGAUCAAGUGCUGAGGAGUUCGCCUGUCAGUCGACGCUCGAUAAUCAUAAUCAUAAUAUUAGUUAUGAGAAUAAUUCAAAACCGGGUGAUGAUGCGGGACAGCCUCCCUUGAGACAAAGUCGCAGACACUGUUCGGCCGGAAAUCCAACCUGGAGAGGGCCCCAAGCGCCUGCAAGACGUCUACUGCCAGUUGAUAGUCUUGCUGCCCAAGACAUGUGCCUUCCCAGCCCAAGUCUUUCUCCUGUCACAGCUAUGAAUGCUCAAAAUCUCGAUACAUCUUUUGACUCUGUUGACGAGCAAGAGACUGACACGGAUUCCAGUUUUGACCAACGUUCGAAGAAACAAAAGGCUGACUCUGACUUAAACCUCACCGUGGACCUUUUUCGGAAAGAGGAAGGCUAUGGUGCGGCUCUGCCAUCACCCUCUUUGUCGUUAAUGGACAUGCCUCUAAUGUUGGAUUACUUUGAGUCUGUCCCGGAUAAGCUCAAAAUGUACAUGAUGUACCAGUUGUUGCGAAGAUGCCCGAAGCCUACAUUACGCUUUGUCGCUGGAGUUGUUAAUCCAGCUCUCAAAUGCGAUUUCUUGGCUCUCCUACCCCUGGAACUCAGUCUGAAUAUUGUAAAAUAUUUCGAUGUUAAGACUAUGUGUCGAGCUUCGCAAGUUUCGAAGAAAUGGAGACACAUCAUCAACUCCGAUGAAAAAUCAUGGAAGGAACUUUUUGAGUCGGAUGGAUAUGUUUUGCCUCGAGGAGAACUACAGCGCGCCAUCGAGGAAGGUUGGGGAUGGCAGUGUCCGAACCCGGGUGACGAUUAUGAAAAGGAUCUUCGUUGCUCUACCUCCCUUAAAUCUGAUAGCGAGAACUCGAUCGAAUCUACCUCAUCCUUGGCAUGGCUAUCGUCUCGUAAGACGAGACAAGCCCUAAGUCCCCUGUCGGUAGAAUCCCGACGACCAAAACGCAAAGCAGCAACCAGAGUCACCAGUCGGAAGCUUACAAAAAGGAAAUCUGGAGUAUCUGCUCAAUCCAAUCGUCUAGAACCUGUUAACUGGAUGGAUAAUAUGGUCGCUGCAGAGAGCCCCUAUGCGGCUGCAAACGCAGCUGCACUAGCAGUUCCUUACCCGGAUGUUGGACUUUCAUCACUCCGAAGCUUGCACCUAUACAAAUCCCUCUACCAAAGGCACUACCUCAUCCACAAAACAUGGAUGCGAAAUGACAUCAAACCGAUGCACAUUGCCUUCCGCGCCCAUGAUCGUCAUGUCGUUACGUGCCUACAGUUUGAUACAGACAAAAUCCUCACCGGAAGCGAUGAUACCAACAUUAAUGUGUAUGAUACGAAAGCGGGGGCGUUGCGAGCAACCCUAGAGGGCCACGAGGGAGGCGUCUGGGCGCUAGAGUAUCAUGGUAACACGCUUGUUUCAGGAUCAACUGAUAGAUCGGUGCGUGUCUGGGACAUUGAAUCUGCCGAAUGCACGCAGAUUUUCCAGGGACACACGUCUACUGUGAGAUGUUUGCAGAUAUUAAUGCCCGUCGCAAUUGGUAAGCUGCCAGAUGGAUCGCCAAACAUGAUGCCAAAACAGCCAUUGAUUAUCACUGGAUCCCGCGAUUCCAACCUACGACUUUGGAAACUUCCUCAACCAGGCGAUCCCAAGUUUUUCCAAACGAGUCCCGACACUGAAAACCCGUACUUUAUCCGUGCCCUAACUGGACACACCCAUUCAGUCCGCGCCAUAGCUGCUCACGGGGACACACUGGUUAGUGGCAGCUACGAUUGUUCAGUGAGGGUGUGGAAAAUAUCCACCGGCGAGUCUGUACAUCAUCUACAAGGCCAUAGCCAGAAAGUCUAUAGCGUCGUCCUCGACCACAAAAGAAACCGCUGCAUAAGCGGCUCCAUGGAUAGCAUAGUUAAAGUCUGGUCACUCGACACCGGCGCAGUUAUAUAUAACCUCGAAGGCCACUCGUCGCUCGUGGGGCUUCUAGAUCUUCAACAGGAUCGACUCGUGUCCGCAGCUGCCGAUUCGACAUUGAGGAUCUGGGAUCCAGAGACGGGGAAGUGCCAGAGCGUAUUAGCCGCGCACACGGGUGCGAUUACGUGUUUCCAGCAUGAUUAUCAGAAGGUGAUUUCUGGGUCGGAUCGGACGUUGAAGAUGUGGGAUACGCGGACGGGCAAGUGUUUGAAGGAUCUAUUGACAGAUCUUAGUGGAGUUUGGCAGGUUAGAUUUAAUGAUCGCAGGUGUGUGGCUGCCGUGCAGAGGGAUAGGUUGACAUAUAUUGAGGUCCUUGACUUUGGUGCAUCUCGCGACCGAGUUCCUAGUGAACGUCUCGGAAAGAGAAUCGUUGUUGAUAAAAAUGGCGAAGAGAUUGGGGAUAAUGAAGGUGGAGCUGAACGGGAGGGUUCGGAUGACUAG